AUGGAAUACUUUGCGCUCAGCUACGUCUGGGGCGACGUUACGCAGGUGGCGCUCACGCGAGCGAACCGGGAGGCGCUGAGGAGGCCAGGCAGCCUUUGGACCAAAACCGGCGACACGAGAGUGGCUCUCCCAAAGACGAUUUCCGACGCAAUAGCGCUUUGCAGCGCAUGCGACCAGCGGUACCUGUGGGUCGACUCGCUCUGUAUCGUCCAAGACGAUCCCGACAACAAGCACGUCCAGAUCCAGGCCAUGGGCCAAAUCUACAUGGGCGCGAGCCUCACCCUCAUCGCCGCGGCCGGGUCCGAUGCCAGCGCGGGUCUGCUGCCGUGCCCGCUAGGUACGAGCAAGGCCAUUCAGCCACUUCAUGUCAAGAAAGACGCGAUCAGGGGCUCAGCAUGGGCGAGCCGCGGGUGGACGCUGCAGGAGGAGGUUUUGUCACGGCGCAAGCUCUAUUUUGCCGGCGAUGCCGUUCUCUUCCGGUGCCGCGUCGGGAUAGUCGGAAGCGAGUUUGGUCUCGACCUUGAGGGAUCUGAUCCAGGCCUUGCCGGCGGGGAUUUUGAGGGCCAUCGCGAGACGCUGCCCAGUUGGGUGAUUUCGCUCAACACAUUUUCCAUCGACACGUUGCCGUCGCCGAGGCUGCCAGGACCGUCGAAGGGGCUUAUCUACGACUUCACCCAGUUCGUCUCUGACUACCUCUCGCGCGCGCUCUUGUUUCCCGACGACAUCAUCGAUGCUUUCCAGGGCAUUCUGGCGCACGUGUCGCAGGCCGGACUCAUCCACAGAUGA